UCCUUCUUACAAGAUUAAUAAUAAUAAUACAAGUAUUUACAACCUUGCACAAACAAUAAAACAUCCCUCUCUUCCAAUAUUCUUUCUGCAACAAAGGUAUUUCAAUUAUUUUUCUCUCUCUAAUAAUCUUGCCGGAAUUACUUAGGCAGAAGGGUGGGAAAUUUGAAAAUAACCCAGAAAUUGUUUGUAUAUUUCUAAAAAAUGUGCCCUUUAAGAUUCAUUUUAGUGUUUUUCUCUGCAAUUUUGGCUGGAUUUUUGGCAUGGAAAUCAUUUCGUUCUGCACCCGAGCUCGAUACCGCCUUUUCUGAAGAUUUGGUGGCAGAUAAACCAGCGUCGUCAAUGGAUGAUCACCAAGAAAAGAACCUUAAAAUGAUAAUUCAAGACGGUUUCUGGGUAUUUGUUGACAUGGCUAGUGGGAGAUACUUGUGGAGAAAUUUAAAGGGGAUGAAGACAGUGGAGAAAGUAAAGAACUGCUAAAAUCUCAAUUUCAGAAUCCUUGCAUUUUUCACUUUGUUGAAUAUGAGUUACAGAUUACAUCUUUCUCUUCUUUUUCUUUUUUGUGUAAAAGGAACCGCGAUUACAUAGACAGGAUUCGAUCAAACGUCAUUGAUAUGAGUACGAGUUACUUUGUAAGUUGCCAAAGUGUGUAAAUUUGUUAUUCUGACUUUAAGAAUCUGGGAAAAUUUUCUAUGUCGAAUAACUUUGUACUACUUGCAAUUGUGCAUGAUUUCUGCUAAAGAAAUUUAUACCCAGUUUAACUUUUAA